AUGAAUGCCUACGCUCUGCACUCGAUGGAGGUGAAGGCGAAGCCGGCGAGGGGCGGGAAGAGGAGCAGGGCGAGCGGCGGCAUGGCGGUGGUCCUGCUGGAGAAGAAGGAGUCGGAGAAGGAGAGGAGGAAGCGCAUGAAGGCGCUCUGCGAGAAGCUUGCAUCCCUAAUUCCAAGAGAACACUGCUGCUCCAGCACUGAUACAAUGACCCAGCUAGGCAGCCUGGACGUGGGGGCGUCAUACAUCAAGAAGCUGAAGGAGAGGGUCGACGAGCUGCAACGUAGGAGGAACUCUGUGCAGGCCUUGGAUACCUUAAGAGGAGAUACUAGCAUCCCAACACCCACUACCACCACUACCACAAGCAGCAGUGCAAGGUCGCCGGAAGAAGAGAAAGCUUGGGAGGCAUUGGAACCAGUAUUGCAGGUGCGGCAACACGACGAUUCAAGCAUGGAGGUGAGACUGAUAUGUUGCAUGGAGAGGCCGAUCAAGCUCCAUGAGGUGAUCACCAUCCAUGAGGAAGAAGGUGCUGAGAUCAUCAAUGCCAAUCGCUCUGUUGCUGGCCACAAAAUGUUGUACACUAUACACUCUCGGGCCUUCAGCUCGAGAAUUGGCAUAGAUGUUUCAAGGGUUUCUGAACGACUGGGGGCAUUGCUCCGACUUUUUUCACAUGAAAAUCAGGCACCGUCGUGCAUGCGCAGCGAUAGGGUCCUCAGGUACACCGAUGGAGCCAACGCGACUCCUCCCAAGGAGCUCGUCAGCAACAAUGAUAUAGGUGGAACCAAUAAGGUGACAAACCACGAGUGUGAGUCUUGGGUUGAGCAAGACCAAGUGACGUGGAGUUCAAUGCUUGCGUCAGUAUCACCAGAGCUGCUCGAGUAG